AUGUUGUCCUUAUCUUUAUUGUCAAUCAUUUCAAUCGCUUUAGCUGCUGAUAUCACUGCUAUCCCAGAAGGUGAUAAUCCAUACACUGUCUUCCCAAGUGUUGCUAAAACCGCUUCCAUCAAUGGUUUCGCUGACAGAAUCUACGACCAAUUGCCAGAAUGUGCUAAAGAAUGUGUCAAGCAAAGUACCAGUAACACCCCAUGUCCAUACUGGGAUACCGGUUGUUUGUGUGUCAUGCCUCAAUUCGGUGGUGCUGUUGGUAACUGUGUUGCUAAAAACUGUAAAGGUAAAGAUGUUGGUUCUGUUGAAUCUUUAGCUACUUCCCUUUGUUCAGCUGCUGGUGUUUGGGAACCAUACUGGAUGAUCCCAUCAAGUGUUUCUGAUGCUUUGGCUAAAGCUGGUGAAGCUGCUGCUGAAACCACUGCAGAAACCACCACCGCCGAAACUACUGCUGAAUCAACUACUGCUCAAGAAACCACUGCCCAAGAAACCACUGCUGCUGAAACUUCCAAGGCUGCUGAAAGUUCAGCUCCAGCUGAAACUUCUAAAGCAGAAGAAACCUCAAAGGCUGCUGAAACUACCAAAGCUGAAGAAUCUUCUGUUGCUCAAUCUUCUUCUGCUACUGGUGUUGCUUCUGUUUCAGUUGAAACUGCAAACGCCGGUAACAUGCCAGCUGUUGCUAUUGGUGGUGUUAUUGCUGCUGUUGCUGCCUUAAUCUAA